AUCACUGUGACAUCUGUGGUAAAUCAUUCUCUCAUGGUUCUGACUUAAUAAAACACAAACGUAUUCAUACAGGAGAGAAACCCUAUCAGUGUGAUAUCUGUGGUAAAUCAUUCUCUCAGAAUUGUUUCUUAACUGUACAUAAACGUUUUCAUACAGGAGAGAAACCAUAUCAGUGUGAUAUCUGUGGUAAAUCAUUCUAUCAGAAUUGUGUCUUAACUAAACAUAAACGUCUUCAUACAGGAGAGAAACCAUAUCAUUGUGAUAUCUGUUAUAAAUCAUUCAUUGACAGUAGUCAGUUAUCUAAACACAAACGUAUUCAUACAGGAGAAAAACCAUAUCAGUGUGAUAUCUGUAGUAAAUCGUUCUCUGAAAGUGGUGCAUUAAAUAGACACAAAUUUAUUCAUGCAGGAGAGAAACCAUAUCACUGUGAUAUCUGUGGUAAAUCAUUUUCUCGAAAUAGUAACUUAACGAAACACAAAUAUAUUCAUACAGGAGAGAAAGCAUGGCAUUGUGAUAUCUGUGGUAAAUCAUUCUCUCAUAAUAGUAUCUUGACUAUACAUAAACGUAGUCAUACAGGAGAGAAACCAUAUCACUGUGACAUUUGUGGUAAAUCAUUCUCUGAAAAUGGUACAUUAACUAGACACAAAUCUAUUCAUACAGCAGAGAAACCGUAUCACUGUGAUAUUUGUGGUAAAUCAUUCUCUUGCAGUAGUAAGUUAUCUACACACAAACUUAUUCAUACAGGAGAGACACCAUAUCAUUGUGAUAUUUGUGGUAAACCAUGCUCUAAUAAUAGUGCCUUAAUGUCACACAAACGUAUUCAUUCAGGAGAGAGACCAUAUCAUUGUGAUAUCUGUGGUAAAUCAUUCUCUCAAAGUAAUACUUUAAAGGGACACAAACGUAUUCAUACAGGAGAGAAGCCAUAUCAGUGUGAUAUCUGUGGUACAUCAUUCUCUCAAGGCAAUCACUUAACUGUACAUAGACGUAUUCAUACAGGAGAAACGCCAUAUCAAUGUGAUAUUUGUGGUAAACCAUGCUCUAAUAAUAGUGCUUUAACAUCACACAGACGUAUUCAUACAGGAGAGAAACCAUAUCAUUGUGAUAUCUGUGGUAAAUCAUUCUCUCGAAGUAGUCACGUUACUGUGCACAAACGUAUUCAUACAGGAGAGAAACCAUAUCACUGUGAUAUUUGUGGUAAACACUUUUCUCACAAUAGUAACUUUACAAAACACAAACGUAUUCAUGCAGGAGAGAAACCAUAUCAUUGUGAUAUCUGUGGUAAACCAUGCUCUAAUAAUAGUGCCUUAACAUCUCACAGACGUAUUCAUACUGGAGAGAAACCAUAUCAUUGUGAUAUCUGUGGUAAAUCAUUCUCUCAAAGUUAUCAGUUAACUGUACACAGACGUAUUCAUACAGGGGAGAAACCAUAUCAUUGUAAUAUCUGUGGUGAAUCGUUCUCUCAUAAUAGUAUCUUAACUGCGCACAAACGUAUUCAUACAGGGGAGAAACCAUAUCAUUGUAAUAUCUGUGGUGAAUCAUUCUCUCAUAAUAGUAUCUUAACUGCGCACAAACGUAUUCAUACAGGAGAGAAGCCAUAUCAUUGUAAUAUCUGUGGUAAAUUCUUCUAUCAAUAUAGUAAGUUAACAAAACACAAACAUAUUCAUAGUAGGGAGAAAUGAAAAGGGUAGAUUCUCUUUUCUUAUUUGCUUUAUAUGUUUACUAUUCCUGUGUGUCAUGCAAUGGAAAUUAUGACUGAAGUACUUCCAAAAAUUU